UUUGUCUCACACACUAAUUACACCUAUAAUUCACUACACAUUGUCCCUGCAAACUCAAAUAAUACCUUUAAGUCAUGCAAUCCACUAACGUCACAGAAUUAUAUUAUAAUCCUGCUCAAUAUAAUUACACACCAACGUUUCAUGAUCAAUCCAUUAAUAGAAUCCCUAGUCCCUUAUAUCACCUUCAAAUUGGUCCUCCAAUUCAACAACUCAAUUCACAAUCAACUUAUUUCAACACUAACAAUUCAACGUGUGAUGAAAUUGAUGAGCUAAUAAAUGAAAGGAAAAAAAGAAGAAUGAUAUCUAAUCGAGAGUCCGCAAGGCGAUCGCGCAUGCGCAAGCAAAAGCACUUGAACGAACUAUGGGCACAGGUAAAUUGCCUGCGGAACGAGAAUCACCUACUCCUGAACAAACUUAAUCACGUCUCAAAAAUCCAUGACCAAGUACUUGAAGAAAAUGCUCAACUCAAAGAAGAAACUGCUGGACUUCGUCAAAUAGUUACUAACAUGCACCUCAUGGAUGGUCCUAAUUAUCCUUUGAAAGAAAUUCAACUUGAUGAUGAUGAACCUUGUAGUGGUUCAUCUCAAAAUGAAUAGAAUAAACGUAAAUGUGCAUGUGCUUUAACUUAACUAGCCUUAUCUGAUAUUCACGUUCUUCAGCUUUAGGUAUGCACAAAUAGAUACUUAAAGUUAUACAUAGAACGAGUAAACACAUACAUUCUAAAUGAAAAUUAACGUCCUAUAUGGCAUCCUACUGUUUUAUGUCAGGUAGAACGCAUCUGUCUACUUGUUCAACUAUAUAUAAGUUUAAGUGUCUACUUAUACAUACCCAAAGUUGAAGAAUAUAAAUAUCAACUGAGGUCAAAUUAAAAGUCAUAUUUAUAUAUGUAUUACGACAAUUUUAUAAAGUCCCCUAUAUAUUAUGCUUGCUGGCCGUGGUUUUCUUUCUGUUUUUGCUUUCUUUAUAUUUGGAUGAUGUAAAUAAUUUGAGUUUUCCUCCUCUUAUUGGUUAAUCUGUUUACUGGUUGUGGUCUAGGCUAUGAUUAUUAUAUAUUUGCUCUUUAUGCUUUAUGUAUG